CCAAAAAGUUUUCUACGACAGGCUGAUGGAUAACAGUUUGUAUGGGAUGUGAGGAGUCCCUAUCAAAACACGUCAAUGGUUGGAAUUUGUUUCCAAAUUUCAAAUCGGGAAGAGUAGUAACUCAACAUCUUGUAUGCAUUCAGAUAUUAAGUCUUUCUUGUUCAAAGAGGAAAACUGAAACAACAGUAUUUGUUUGAUGAAAUCGAUGGUGAAGAAGUUGAAGCAGAGUCUGAGAUCUGGAUCGUUAGAGAAAAGGAAGGAAAAGGAAAAAGACAUUCAGGAAGAAAAGUGGUUCUUAGACAACGGAAGCAUCUUCUUGAAAGAACUUAUUGCUGAUUGUAACGGUAAAUCCAUUCCUAUACGUAACUUUUCUUCUGACCAGAUCUUGAAAGCUACAAGUAACUUCGGUUCCAGUUGUUUUGUAACCGCAGAGGGGUUUUAUGUAUGGUACAAAGGUAUCAUAGAAGAUAGAUCUUACAUGAUCAAGAGAUUCUCUGAGUAUAAAGUUACUCAAUACAGAGUAGCAGAGGUUUACAACGAAAUUGUCUUGUCUGCUCGGAUGAGCAACCACAACAACUUUCUUAAACUUAUAGGAUUCUGUCUUGAGUUUAGUCUUCCGGUUCUUGUGUUUGAAUAUGCAGAACAUGGAGUUUUGAAUCACAGAGGAGGUGUUAUAGUCAAUGGGGAGGAAGUUAUAUUGCCUUUGAGUUUAAGGUUGAAGAUUGGAAAGGAGAUUGCAAAUGCUGUGACUUAUCUUCACAUGGCAUUCCCCAAGAUCCUCAUACAUAGACACAUUAAGCCAAGGAAUGUUUUCUUGGACGAGAAUUGGACCCCAAAGUUGUCUGAUUUCUCUAUCUCUAUAAACCUCCCUGAGGGAAAAUCAAGAAUAGAAGUUGAAUGUGUUCAGGGAACAAUCGGGUACCUUGAUCCAGUAUAUUAUACCACGAAAAUGGUGACGGAAUAUACCGACGUGUACAGCUUUGGAGUCUUCUUGAUGGUUAUUCUCACUGGUAAACCAGCACUUGCAUCCACUAGCUCUGAUGGGGACUACAAACAUAUUGCUAGCUACGUGAAAGGCUUUCAUGAGAAUGGGCAGCUUGAUGGAGUAAUAGAUCCUAAGGUGAUGGAAGACAUUACAAGUGCUCAAAAAGUGCAUGUGGAAGCGUGUGUGGUGUUGGCGCUGAGAUGCUGCGAGCUGAGAGAUGAAAACAGACCAAAGAUGAUCCAAAUAGCUAAAGAACUCAAGCAGAUUGAGACAUUAUUUCGGAGAUCAUAGCUACAGAUCCUCUCUGGUAUUGUACUAUAAAGCCAAGUUCCAGACUAUGGAGUGAAAGAGAUUUACAAUGACAUUGUCUUGUGUGACCGCAUGAGCAAUCGCAGCAACUUUCUCAAGCUAUUAGGAUGUUGUCUCGAGUUUCCUUUUAUGAUUCUUGUGUUUCAAGAUGCAGAACUUGGAGUUAUGAACCAUCGAGGAGCUAUUAAGGUUAAUGGGGAGGAAACUUUACUGCCGUGGAGUUUGCAAAUGCAUUGACUUAUCUUCAGAUGGCGUUUCCGAAGAUCAUCAUACACAGAGAUGUUAAGCCAGUGAGGAUUUUCUUGGAUAAGAACUGGACCGCAAUGCUGACCAAUUUAUCGUUUUCCAAUCUCUCUUCCUGAGGGAAAAACAAGAAUUGAAACUGAAAGAGUAAUGGGAACAGUAGGGUACCUGGAUCCAUCCACGAAGUUUGUGACGGAAUAUACAGACGUGUACAGCUUUGGAGUCUUUUAGAUGGUUGUUCUCACUGCUAGACCAGCUCUUGUCUCUGCUGGAUUUGAUGGGGAAUACAGAGGUAUUACUGGCUAUGUGAAAGGCUUAUACGAGAAUGGGAAGCUCGAUAAAGUAAUUGAUCGAAUGAUGUUCAAAGACAAUACAAAUGGUCAAAGAUCACAGGUGGAAGCAUGCGUUGUACUUGCGUUGAGAUGCUGUGAGGAAAGAGACGAAGACAGACCGAAGAUGAUCCAAGUAGCUAAGGAACUCAAGCGGAUUGAAACAUCACUGAAAGGUGUUAGCUAAAUACCUCUUCUCUGUUCUUGGACUGUGAAGUCAAAAAUGAAAAGAAAAAAAAUCUUUCUGUAGUGUGAACUCAGAUUUGUACAUAUAGCUAUAACUCAGAGAAACUCGGAGACACAUAUAACUUGAACAUUGACAUUUGACCUUCCAUGAAUGUAGUGUGUUUUUCUAUUUAUGCUUGCCCUAUAAUGCCUAAAAUGAAACAUCUUCUACAAUUACCAAUAUGUAUUUCUGCAUUUAUGUAUCUAUUUGGCUUGGAUUCUUAAUGCAUUUUCCUGUUAAAAGUAAAAGUGGUUCUUGUUUUCAUGAUAAGUUAUGUCUAUGAUAUACCUUGCAUGAAAACUCAGCUGGAAGUAGAUGUGAUAUUGGGCAUUGUAAACCAUCUUUGUAAGUUCUGAAACUAAUAAUGCAGAGCUUUGCAGUUUCAUUAUGACGCCAUCAGGGCCAAACUGAAAUCUAGCCAUACAUAACAACAAAAAUACUAGAGAAAACUGAAAAACAGAGAAAGACCAUAUAUAAGCAUAGGCUUUUAGACAACUCUACACAAAGUAGACUUUGUUUGGGUCGGACAUAGAGGCUUUCACAAGUCUUUCUAACCCCUUAAACUCUUUGGCAUCCUUCAGGUCCACAAUCAUAUGCGUUCCAAACUUUCAAAAGUAAUAAAUUUGAAACUUGGCUAUACAGUCUAAGAGUAGAGCUGAUCUCUAGCUAGGAUCUCAAAACAUGAUGUUCAAUCCGCUUGAGUUCUUUAGCUACCUGAAUCAUCUUCGGUCUGUCUUCUACCCUCUCCUCGCAGCAUCUCAGUGCAAGUAAAACGCAUGCUUCCACCUGCAAUCUUUGAGCACUUGUCAUCUCUUUCAUUAUCAUAGGAUAUACUAUUUCAUUGAGCUUCCCAUUCUCAGCUAAGCCUUUCAUAUAUCCAAGAAUACCUACAGGAUACCCAUCAGAUCCGGUGAAGUAAACCGAUAUACCAGUGAUAACAACCAUCAAAAAGACUCCAAAGCUGUACACAUCCGUAUAUUCUGUCACAAUUCUAGUUGCAAAGUAUAAUGGAUCAAGGUAACCAUAUGUACCCAGCACGUCUUCCGCUUCUAUCUGUGAUUUUCCCUCUUCCAGCGAUAUUGAGAAAGAUAAAUCAGACAACUUUGCAGUCCAAUUAUUGUCCAAGAAAACAUGCAGUGGCUUCACAUCUCUAUAUAUGAUGAUCUUAGGAAACGCCAUGUGAAGAUAAGCCAAGGCAUUUGCAAUCUCCUUCCCAAUCUUCAACCUCAAACUCAAAGGCAAUAAAGACUCUUCACCGUUAACCGUAAUACCUCCUCGGUAAUUCAAAACUCCAUGCUCAGCAAAUUCAAACACAAGAACAGGAAAAGGGAACUCAAGACAACAUCCUAGUAGUUUAAGAAAGUUGUUGUGGUUGCUCAUACGAGCAGACAAGACAAUGUCUUUAUAAACCUCACUUACUCUGUAAUCAGUGACUUUAUACUCAGAGAAUCUCUUGAUCAUGUAAGAUCUAUCUUCGAUUACACCUUUGUACCAUAUGUAGAACCCUUCUUCAGCUACAAAACAGCUUAAAUCGAAAUUCUUGGUGGCUUUACGAAUCUGGGAAGAAGUAAAGCUACGUAUAGGAAUGGAUUUACCAUUACAAUCAACGAUGAGCUCUUUUAAGAAGAUACUUCCAUUCUCUAAGAACCAUCUUUCCUUCUUCAUGCUUUUUUCCUUCUUUUUCCAGGACCCAGUUCUCAGAUUUUGCUUCAAUUUCUUCACCAUCGAUUCCAUUCAACAAAUAGCGAAAAUCCUGGGCGAAAGAUCUGAUUUUUUCUAACUUCAACUGAAAAUCCACUCUUUAAACUUUCUGGGUGCAUUACAAAGACAGCACCUUUUCCCGGCUUGAAUACAGAAGACAAAACCCAUCGUUGAAAAUUCCACAGAACGAAAUGAUAGACUCCUACCUUCUAGAACAGUGAGAGUGAGGUUCGGCAAUUGACUUGGUCAGAGAGUAGGACUUGUCUCUCUUACUGU